UGGGCACGUAUAAAACCAACGUGUCGACUUUGGAAACAUACGUGGCAAAAGAAAAAAGUUCGUAAUUUGUCGACCCGCGGACAAACAAAAUUUAUUUUUGUUUAAUUUUGUAUUUGAUUGAAAGAAGUCUCUGGAAGAUGUCAUUGAACGGAAAUGCAACAGAUUCAUCGUCAUCAACGUCCAGUAUGACUGAAAAUUCGGAUGGACAAAAACAGAACAAUGAGUGGUUUCAUGGAGUUUUGCAGAGACAGGAUGCUGAUGAGCUUCUUGUGAAGCCAGGCUCUUUUUUGCUUCGCGCUAGUGAAGUACAUGGAAAAAUGUCAAUGAUAUUGUCGGUACGUCAUGACGGAAAACUUCACAAUAUUGCGGUCAAUUCGGAUACUGGAGAGAAUUUUUGGUUUGAGGGACAUCGUGAGAAGAGUAUUGAUCAACUUGUUCAAUGGCAUAUGACGACUAGCACACCGAUUACUAAGACAUCCGGAGUCAAACUGAAGUAUCCGAUUGGAAAAGCCGAUUGGAUUAUCAGUCAUGAAAAUGUCAUUUUCAUCAAAAAACUCGGCGAAGGCGCUUUUGGAGAAGUUUCACUUGCUGAAUGUGAGAUUGGAGGAAGAAAAGUGGAAACUGCGGUGAAGACGAUGAGAUGCCAAAUGACAAGAGAUACUCGUGCUGCUUUUAUGAAAGAAGCAAGGCUUAUGAGAAAGUAUUCACAUCCACAUAUUGUUCGGAUUAUUGGUAAGAUAAUCGUCAAACAUCUUCCAAAAGUUGGUUUGGCAGUAGAUGCUCAUCCACUAAUGAUUGUAAUGGAGAUGUGCCCACAUGGAUCACUUCUUUCAUUUCUUCGUAAGAACAAAGGGAAAACGACACUUUCCGAACGUCUUCGUUUUUGUAUUGAAUCAGCCGAUGGUCUUGCAUAUCUUGAGAAAAAACAAUGUCUUCAUCGUGAUAUUGCAGCCAGAAAUUGUUUACUUUCGAUCACCGAUCAAAUUAAAAUUUCGGAUUUUGGUCUUUCGGAUGACAAACGAACUGAAAUGCAUGAUGACACACUCGAUAAGGUACCAGUGAAAUGGUUGGCUCCGGAAGUUAUGCAGGAUAAAUUGUAUUCAUUGAAAAGUGAUGUUUGGGCAUUUGGAGUGCUCAUGUGGGAGAUAUAUGCAGAUGGAGCUGAUCCAUAUCCGGGAAUGACAAACUUAGUUACGAGAGCCAAGAUCUUCUGCGAUGAUUACAGAAUGACUUUUCCUGAGACUACCCCACCAACCAUUUCUGAAAUCGCUUUGAAACAAUGCUGGGCGAAACUUCCAUCGGAUCGUGCCACGAUGAAGACUGUGCAUCAUAAGCUUAAAGACCUCUCAAUGCCAAUGUCGGAUGUUAGCUUCAGUAUGAAAAUGAAACGUUGAAACAAUAAAGCAUUUGGUCCAUUUC